UACUCCAUCCCUUUCACCCAUUAGAAAUCUCGGUCGCGACCGCCACCGAGCUCGCACUGCCAGCGAGUCUCCUUGAUUUUUAUCAGACUCUCAUCUCCAAUCCUAUCUACAUGCGCAACCCUCUCACACUCUCUGUCGUCGAACCCUCGUUUCCAUUCUUCUUCGUGCGAUCCGUUCUCAUUGAUCUUUGUGUUCAGUCUCGCCAAGCGAUUCUGGUGCGCCUCCUCAAUUGAACCGCGAUCUGUAUCGGCCGAUUCGGUCCAUCCGUUCUCUGUAAUUAGCGAUGGAGGAGGAACUUACGUUCACAGGCCUGUUGAAGAAGGCCGCGUCGGAUUUCCCCGACAGGAGAGCCAUCUCCGACCCCUGGGAGUUCGAGUUCGACCUGACGCGCGCGCGGCUGCAGGAGCUCGUCGAUCACGCCGCCGCACUCCUUGCCGCCUACGGCGUCGGCCCCGGCGAUGUCGUCGCGCUCGCUUUGCCCAACAUCGUCGAGUUUGUGAUCCUGUUUCUGGCGGUAAUCCGUUGCCGAGCCAUAGCGGCUCUGCUCGACGUGGCCUACAAGGCUACGGAGUUUUGGUACUACCUUUCCGACUUGCAACCGACGCUCCUAUUGACACCAAAUGAAGGAAACCGACUGGCUCAAUCCGCUGCUUCCAAGCUUAACAUCCUCCACCUAACCGUCAAGCUUCACUCCGCCGAUUCCAAAAUCACUCUCUUCGACUGACAUACGACCGAAUCUCAACUUGGUGU